CUCAUUUUUUCUUUUUCCUCUUUCAUUCCGGAAAACUCUCUGAGAAAAUUUCUCGAUUCUUCUUCUUUCAGCCGUGCAAAAUUUGGAAACUCAAAAAGAAAAACCCAAAAGUUGUCCCAUUUUUCCUCUUUGCAGAAAAAAGGAAUUCCUGGAAAAAACCCUUUUAAUCAUUUUCUGCCAUUUCUGUUGAAAAAAUUCGUACCGGACAGGAUAGGGGAUAAAGCAGAAGAUUAAAAAAAACAGAGCAUCAUUGGUUUAAGAGAUUAAUUUUGUUUUAAAGUUUGAAACUUUAUCCUAUUUUUUUUAUGAUCUGUUUGUCUAUAGAUUACUUGUCCGUACCACAACAUAUUGAAAUCUCACAGCGUUUUGGAGCUGAGAAACGGAUUAUCCCACGAGGGCAUUUCAAUAAACAGAGUUUUAGAGUUGGAUUGAAGCCAUUGGUGUUGAAUUCGGGGAGAACGAGGUUAAUGGCGACGGUUGUGAUGUCAUCUCGGGAGAAAGAGGCGAUUAUGUUGACGUCAGGAGCUAGCGGGAGAAUCAACGCGUUGUUGUCUUUGAGGUUAUGGAGGAGUUUAUUCAUGGUGAUGAAUGCGUUCGUUCUGUUAUUGUUUUUGCCGUUCCGGCGGAGGAGGGUGGCUUCUCAGGCGUCGGUUUCGGGGGCCGGAAAUCAGGGCGGUGGUGCCGGCGGGAGUGCAAAUGGGAAGGACGAGAAAUCCGUGGAGAAGAAAGGGGUGGCGGUGGUGAGAGUUCCGGCGUCUAUGGUGCCGGCCAGAAAGAGUGCGGCGGCGGCGGCUGCGGUAGUGGACAAAGAGGUGGCGGCGAGGAGGGCCUUAGCUAUAAAAAGGGUUCUCGAAGAUGAAGAUAAAAACUCUGUUAGAGAAUAUAUGCUUUUCGAUACUCAAAGAGGUGUCACCCUGUUCACCCAGUCAUGGACUCCGGCUACUGUUAAAGUUAGGGGUGUGGUUGUUCUACUUCACGGGUUGAAUGAACACAGUGGGAGGUACAAUGAUUUUGCCAAGCAACUGAAUGCAAAUGGAUAUAAGGUCUAUGGAAUGGAUUGGAUAGGUCAUGGCGGAAGUGAUGGACUGCAUGCUUAUGUUCAUUCUCUUGAUGAUGCCGUUUGUGACAUGAAAUUAUUCAUCAAGAAGGUUGCAACUGAAAAUCCUGGUCUUCAGUGUUUCUGCUUCGGUCAUUCCACCGGUGGGGCCAUAAUCUUGAAGGCUGCAUUGGACCCAGAGGUUGAAGCUCGUAUCGCAGGAGUAGUGUUGACUUCACCUGCAGUAGGAGUUCAACCUUCCCAUCCCAUUUUCGCUGUACUCGCCCCUGUGUUUGCCUUCUUAUUGCCAAGAUAUCAGUUCAGUGCAGCAAACAAAAGGGGUUCUGUCGUUUCUAGAGAUCCUGAGGCAUUGAUAGCCAAAUACUCCGAUCCUCUUGUUUUCACUGGUUCUAUUAGGAUAAGAACCGGCUAUGAAAUCUUGCGAAUAACUACCUACUUACAGCAGAAUCUGAAGAAGUUGAAAGUGCCAUUUCUUGUUCUUCAUGGCACUUCAGAUUCGGUCACCGAUCCUGAAGCGUCGCAGAAACUUUACAUUGAGGCUGCCUCGAGUGACAAGAGCAUAAGGCUUCUUGAUGGGCUCUUGCACGACCUAUUGUUUGAACCCGAACGGCAAGAAAUUGUCGAAGAUAUCAUUCAAUGGUUGAACCAAAGAUUGUAGGUAUAGGUGCAGUUUAAGUCACCUUGAUCAAAUGAGCAUUUUUUGUCACUUGCUCAUUGAGGAAUAACAGUAAGUUUGGGGAGCAUACCUCAGUAAAAUUCUCUUGGUUCGGGACUUACUGAAAACUCGACAGCUGAUUUAAGUUCAUCUGUCGCCAAGUCCCAAGAUCUGAAGAAGAGAUUAUAGAAUCCCCUCUAGGCAUGUGAAGUAAUCUGGUGUCUGGGAAUUUGCUCAUAGCUGGGCAAGCUCAUUGAUUUUAGGUCUUGAUACCCUUUACUCUGACUGGUGCCUGGAUUACGGGAUCCUGGAUAACUAUUCGUAACAUUAUGUACCAAAAAAAAACUUGAAGAUCAAUGAAAGAAGAAUGUUUAUUUCUUUCUGUGAAUUUUGGC